CUCCACUCCCGUCAUCCGCCCACUCGCGACUUGGCAGCAAAGUCACAUCCGACAGCCAGCCCUUGGUAAGUUCAAUCACAAGCGAGUCCAUCUCGCAAGGGUCCUCUCUCUCUCACGCUCCGCAUCCUCAGCCUAGCCUGGAUGACCUGGGCGGAUGGAUGGGUCGGGUCGAAUAGCAAGCGAGGCCAAUGCCACAGCACACUCUGACGUCGCGAAAGCCUGUUCCGCGUCUCCUCCCCUGACUGUCCGCACAGCUCUCCCCCGCACGUCGUCAUCGUCAUCGCCUUCGGGCUUGAAGCACUGACAGAUUGGUUGAUUGAUAGAUCGAUCGGUCGUCGUCGUCAUGGCAGCAGCAGCAGCAGCAGCCACGGCUACCAAGGCCACGGCCCAACCGGCGCAGAAAGCCGCCCGACCUCCGGCUCGCCCGCAGCCAAAGAACGCGAGGCACGCUCUUGAGCCGAAUCCUUUUGAGCAGUCCUUCUCUUCCAAGCCUUCCGACUCUGCCUCUCCCCCGGAAGACUCGGCUUCGACCGCUGGCAAGGCCAAGAGACAGAAGGAGGAAGAAGGCGGACCAGCUUCUAGCGACGAUGCCGUGAAGCAAAAGUCUGGGGAACAGAAGCCCGCUUCGUCCUCUACCACGACUCAAGAUCCUGCAGCCGCCAAGGCAGGUGCACGCAGCACUACCACUGCUACAGGAGCAGCUGGUGCCAAGAAAGACGCGACUGCUGGCACAAGCACGCCAGACAAGCGAGCACUCCCUCCCGUAGCCUCUCUCACUUCCCCCAACCAAGAGGGCGGCAACGUCUAUCCUUGGGGUCCAUCAAGUCUGGGCUCUCUUCGAGCCGGUCCUCUCUCUCCUGCUAUGCUCACUGGCCCUCAACAUCACUUGAGCCAUUUGAAUCACUUUGAUCCAUCUACUUUCCGCACUGGAUUCACUCCUGACCUGUCCAACUUCAAGACCGGUCUGACUCCACUUGGCAGCGCCAGCGGCUUCCCACCUCCUUCGCCUGGGACAGCCGCUUUCCUCGCAAUGGUCAAUGGCAAUGGACCUCAGAUGACGCCCAACACCUUUACCGCCUUGACGAACCACGCAUCGUCUCUUAUGAACUCUGGCGAACAUACUGGCAUCACACCGAUGCAGUCGGAUGUUCGCAGUGGGCAGAACGGCAGCCAGAACCAAGGCGACUUCGACCUCGCCUUCGGACGGCAACAACAGCAACAGGCAGGUGGUGCUGCCAAUGCCCGCCAGAAGGCUCAGGGUGGAAAGGCAGCAAAUGGCAAUGGCGCGUCGUCUGAUACAACUUCGCAGGCAGGGAAGCCCGGGCAGUCAAAGCUGCAGUCCAAUGGCCAGACCCAAGGCGGUGGUCCCCAAGGAGCUGCCGGCCUCUUCCUGCUAAGUCAAGCGCACCAAGAGCUGUCCAAGCGCGAUCAACAACAGGCAGGACAAGGUGGACCGGUUCAACAGCCCAACGGUAUGGUCCAAGCUCCACAACCGCAGCCACCCUCGUCCUUCAAUGGGCAACAGGGCUCAUCAGCUCCUGCUGCGAAUGGCAAUGCCAGCAAGGGCACCAAGCGCAAGAAGUCGAGUGCCAAUGCCAAUGCAAGCAGUAGUGGUAACGAAGGCGCGAAUGGGAGCGGGGGUAAGGCAGCCUCCUCUGCUGGGCCUGCAGCCGCUGGUGCAUCGGCGAAGAAUGCAAAGAAGGCCAAGCGCGGGGCGAAGUCGGAAUCGGUGGAGGACGAAAUCAACGGGAGCGAUGGCGAAUCUGGAGACGAGUCCAAGUUCGAUGGUGAGGGAGGUUCACCUGGCGAUGAUGAGGAGAAGAGGAAGAACUUCCUGGAGCGCAAUCGACAAGCGGCGCUCAAGUGCCGUCAGCGCAAGAAGGCUUGGCUGCAAGACUUGCAGACAAAGGUCGCCUUCUAUGAGGCCGAGAAUGGUGGCCUGCAAGAGACGGUGGGGGCUUUGAGGAACGAGGUGAUGUUCCUCAAGAGUCAGCUGAUGCAGAUGAGCCAGCAUCAGCAUCAACAGGCUGGUGGAAUGCCCUUGAUGCCGCCUGGCAUGCUUGGACCGCACUCGCAACAGGGCGGUCCUGGUGUGCAUGCGCAGCAGUAUGGUCCUCCUCAAGGAGCUCGCGGACCAAGCCAAGGUGCUUCCUACUCUCCUGCGUCCCAGGCUGCUUGAGAUGUGGUGCAGUAGGCAUUAGCGCGGCUGUGAAAUCGUCUCUGGAUUCCUUUCCUUUUCUCCACCUUCAUACCUUGCAUGCUCCAUGCUUUCCGUGUACUUGUCACGCUUCUCCAGGUCGACUUGUUGUAAAAAUAUACGUACCAUCCACACCCCGUUUCUGACUCCUGGCUGCACCUGCUCUCCCCUGCCCUUUGUUCCUGCAAAUGCCGUCC